GGUUAAGCUAAAUUUUUACGUUUUCUUAAAAUUUCUUCAACGAUUCCAAAAAUAAUUUUACAAACGGCCUAUAGAAAAAUAACAUAUUUUACAUGGAAAAUAUUCCAAAAAAUUCAAGCAUUCAAUGUAUAGUAUAAUAUAUUUUACAAUAAAGUCCAAUUUUCAACAAAGAAGCUUUCAAUUUAUAGCUACGCUACUAUCAUUACAAAAAAAAAAUGAUUACACCAUAAUAUACAUAGUACAUAGCAUAUUGUACAGUGAUAUCAAAUUGAAUGUUAGUAUUCAAAUCGAAAUAGUGUAGUUAAAGUUUAAUGUUUUAUAUAUUGGGAUUGAAGUAUUAUACAGCGUUAACAUAUAAUUUAAAAAAAUUAAUUAAUGUCUUAAAUUAUCUGUAGACGAUCGAUUAAUAUUUACUUUUUAGAAAGAAGUGUCUCAGUUUCAAUUCAAUGUUGAAGGAGGUUGGCGAUGAAACUGAAUUGUUCAUAUAUUUCCAGUGGAAUUUCUGUAAUAAUUAAAAACAUACACAUUUUUAGAUAAUUUUAAAACCAAUGAGUAUAUAAUAACAAUUAAUAAUUUAUUCUAUUCAAAUAUACAACUGUAUACAUACACAUUUGCAUACUUGUAUAAUGUGUCAUCUGAAUUUGUGUAAUUUACUAUUUGUUUGUAUAUAUUUGUACAAUAUUUAUACUGCAUUCACUUUGAAUUCAUAAUGGCUAUAGCACGUGGUAAAGAUUUCUUAACAGAAUAUUGGUUUGACAUAUUAUUGCGAAUUGUCUUAGUGGGAUUAUUUAUUGAAUUAGAAAAUGCAGAACCAUUUACUAGGAAAAUUCAUGAAGAUGAAUUAUGGUUGUAUAAAAAUCCAAGGACUGAAUCAUACGUUCCAACUACCAUAUUAUGGCCUCUGGUUUUUAUAAUGCCUGCUAUAGUAAUCUUAUUUGUCUUUUUGGUUUACAAAGACAAAACUGACAUUUAUCAAGCAGUAUUAUCUGUAACUUUAGCAUUAGGAUUUAAUGGUGUCAUUACAGAUAUUAUAAAACUUGUUGUUGGUCGCCCCAGACCAGAUUUCUUUUGGAGAUGUUUUCCUGAUGGACAAACAAAUCCAGAUUUUAAAUGUAAUGGAAAUCCAGUUCUUAUAAAAGAUGGAAAGAAAUCAUUUCCAAGUGGUCAUUCCUCAUUUGCAUUUGCAAGUUUUGGUUUCAUUGCGCUGUAUAUAGCUGGUAAAUUACAUACAUUUAGUUUAAUGGGUAAAGGACAAUCAUGGAAAUUAUGUGCAUUUGUAUUACCAAUUUGUAUUGCUCUCUUAAUUGCAUUGAGUAGAACUUGUGAUUAUCAUCAUCACUGGCAAGAUGUGGUUGCAGGCUCAAUAAUAGGAUACAUUUUGGCAUAUAUGUGUUAUAGACACUAUUAUCCACCAUUAGAUUCACAGGUAUGCCAUAAACCAUAUGCUGCCCUUACUCAUCAAGUUCAGUUGGAAAAUGCAAGAAAUAAAAGUGAACAAAUCAAAUGGAUUUAAUGAAUAAGAAAAUCUAAAGUAUUAAAAUUAUUACAAUAAUUUAAAUCACAUAAUAAUUCUAUGAUUUUAUUUUUUACUUGUUGAUUUUUCCCUUUUAUGAGUUAUUUAUAAAUACGAUAAGUAAUAUAAAUAUAUAUUUAAAUUUAUAUUGUAAAUAUACACCUUGUAUUAUUUAAAAAUUUCAAUUUAAUCAAUAAAAAGGGACUUGUUCUAAUGGAAA